AUGACCCCAGCUGUUUAUGAUUGGUUUGGCUCAGCAUGGACACAGCACUUUGGCACUUGGUCUUUGUUGGGAUCAAGUUUUGCAGCUCUUUGGGUUAUGUUAUGGUGGAAGCAUGUAAAACCUGACUGGAUGCUAUUUUUGUUGGUUCAGGAAGAUGGUGUCAAUCUGUUGACUGUAAUUAAAGGUACAGGCAAGUACCGCCGUUCAAGGAGGCAUGACUUUGUCAUGAAUUUUCUUCCUCCUAGUAUGUCAGAGUUCAGAGGAGCACUCGAAAGAAAUGGGUGGCUCCGUUUUGCUACUAGUCCAGUAAUGUUCUCAACUUUAGAAGAUGGAAGAUUAGUAAGGGGUCUUGCUGGCGUUCCGGAUGAGGGUCCCGUUUUAUUAGUUGGUUAUCACAUGCUGCUAGGAUGUGAAGUUGUUCCCCUUGUUGAAGAAUUCUUGAGGGAGAAGAAUGUUCUAGUUCGUGGUGUAGCCCAUCCGACCUUGUUUACUCAGAUGGCUGAAACUCAAUCUCAGGAGUUUUCCUUUUUUGAUUUGUUGAAAGUAUUUGGUGCAGUGCCUGUCACAGCAAGCAACCUUUUCAAAUUGUUUACAACAAAGUCCCAUGUACUGUUAUAUCCUGGUGGUGUACGUGAGGCUUUCCAUCAAAAGGUGUGCAAGAUGUCCCGUUGUUUCUGCUUAAGUAGUUCUCUUCUGGAAUUGAAAAACUCUACAUGUUACUUUUGGUUACCUUUUGUCUUAAAUUCUGAAAAAGUAAUUCAUAAACUUUCUUGGAGGCCUUGGUUACUAAUAUGCCAAUCUACAAGUGAUCCAAAAAGAUAG